CAUUUGUGCAUCACCACCCCGACAUUUCCUCGCACGAUACAAGACACAAAACAACACGAGACGGGUCCUGAACACUACAUGCACCUGCCUCUCUAACUUAUCCUCGUCAAAGGAAAGAAAAGCCGCAGAUGGCGCUAGACCGACCGACCGCACAAACAAACUACAAAAAACCUCGCACCAACACAGCGCACCGAUACCAUGGAUAUAGUGGAAAUGUUGGUACGUUGCGGGCUUUACGCUGGAAUUUUCCUUCACUUCAACUUCGACAUCGACUCAUUUUGCCUCCUUUGUUGUUCGUCCCCCCUUUCUCGCGGGGAUUGUUUUCUUUUCUUACUUGGUUGAUCGGAUAUACCCCCAUCCCCAAUACCCAUGUUUCCAAUAAUAACGACACGACAUGGCACGAGAUUUCGAGGCUCAAAGAUCGUAUUUCACGGCUCUCGACUCAUGGCUCACGAAACAUCAACGGCUGUACUUCAUGUCACUCACGGAAAUACCCCUGCUGUUUGUUUUCAUCUUUUGGGUUUGCUGUUUUGGACGUGUGGUUUCCAGCGUGCGUGUAUUUAAGCGUGCGGGUUUACAUUUUUCUUGGGCGUCUUCUACUUCUCUGA